AGUCGCGAGCAGCGGUCAGCCCGUGCAGUCGCCGGACAGUCGCCUCUCUGUGCAGGAGGGAGCCGGCAGGGUCGGCAUGGCCACGGACCCUGAGGACAGCCGGCGGGACUGGGUGGCGCGGCCUGGCGGCAACCCUGUGAACCUGCAGUUCCAGCAGCUGUCGUACAAGGCGCCGCGCCGUGAAGGGAACCAAGUGAAGGAAGUGCUGAGGUCAGUGAGUGGCCAGUGUCUCGCUGGAAGACUGACCGCCAUUCUGGGACCGUCUGGCGCCGGGAAGACCACUUUACUAAACAUACUAUCAGGAUUUCGGACAACUGGGGUGGCUGGCGCUGUGUUGGUCAACGGACAGAGAAGACACCUUGAGAAGUUCCGUCGGCAGUGCUGCUACAUCGCGCAGGAGUUCGCAAUGUUGCCCGCGCUGACGGUAUGGGAGACCAUGGAGGUGGCAGCAGGUCUCAAGCUCGGGAGACAACUGAGGUCCAUCUCCAAGCGUAGUGUGGUGAGUGUCAUGUCUCCAGCACUGUAUCAUUCAAUGUUGCCCGCGCUGACGGUGUGGGAGACCAUGGAGGUGGCAGCAGGUCUCAAGCUCGGGAGACAACUGAGGUCCAUCUCCAAGCGUAGUGUGGUGAGUGUCAUGUCUCCAGCACUGUAUCAUUCAAUGUUGCCCGCACUGACGGUAUGGGAGACCAUGGAGGUGGCAGCAGGUCUCAAGCUCGGGAGAAAACUGAGGUCCAUCUCCAAGCGUAGUGUGUUGAGUGUCAUGUCUCCAGCACUGUAUCAUUCACUGUUGCCCGCGCUGACGGUAUGGGAGACCAUGGAGGUGGCAGCAGGUCUCAAGCUCGGGAGACAACUGAGGUCCAUCUCCAAGCGUAGUGUGGUGAGUGUCAUGUCUCCAGCACUGUAUCAUUCAAUGUUGCCCGCGCUGACGGUGUGGGAGACCAUGGAGGUGGCAGCAGGUCUCAAGCUCGGGAGACAACUGAGGUCCAUCUCCAAGCGUAGUGUGGUGAGUGUCAUGUCUCCAGCACUGUCUCAUUCACUGUUGCCCGCGCUGACGGUAUGGGAGACCAUGGAGGUGGCAGCAGGUCUCAAGCUCGGGAGACAACUGAGGUCCAUCUCCAAGCGUAGUGUGGUGAGUGUCAUGUCUCCAGCACUGUAUCAUUCAAUGUUGCCCGCACUGACGGUAUGGGAGACCAUGGAGGUGGCAGCAGGUCUCAAGCUCGGGAGACAACUGAGGUCCAUCUCCAAGCGUAGUGUGUUGAGUGUCAUGUCUCCAGCACUGUCUCAUUCACUGUUGCCCGCGCUGACGGUAUGGGAGACCAUGGAGGUGGCAGCAGGUCUCAAGCUCGGGAGACAACUGAGGUCCAUCUCCAAGCGUAGUGUGGUGAGUGUCAUGUCUCCAGCACUGUAUCAUUCAAUGUUGCCCGCGCUGACGGUGUGGGAGACCAUGGAGGUGGCAGCAGGUCUCAAGCUCGGGAGACAACUGAGGUCCAUCUCCAAGCAUAGUGUGAUUGAGGAGAUCCUGGAACUGUUAGGACUGUCAAACACCUGCGACACAAAAGUCAGUUCGCUCUCUGGAGGAGAGAAGAAGAGGCUCUCACUGGCUGUGGAGCUAAUUACCAAUCCACCUGUCAUGUUCUUUGAUGAGCCAACCAGCGGGCUGGACAGCUGCUCCUCGGCGCAGGUGAUCAGUCACCUGAAGAUGCUGGCCGUGGGAGGCCACACCGUCACCUGUGUGGUGCACCAGCCCAGCUCUCGGCUGUUCGGCAUGUUCGACGACGUGCUGGUGCUGUCGGAGGGCCGCUGCCUGUACUGCGGCCCCGUGGAGCUCAUGCUGGAGGCCUUCGGCGCCGCGGGCUUCCAGUGCCCGCAGUACUACAACCGCGCGGACUUCGCUAUAGAAGUCGCAUACAGAGAAAGAGGGGGAAACUUGGACUGUCUCGUCACCAACAACACCGAAUAUCAUUCACAUGCGCUCAAGAGACUCACAAAUAAAGACGAAAUAUCCGGGUCAGAAAAUAGCCAAGAUAUUUCCGAUGAAACAGCGGCCAUGCUGCGGCGAGAUGCAGUAGACAGCAGGACUUCGCCCUACGCAGCCAGCACGGCGCUACAGUUCUGGAUAGUUCUCAGGAGGUCCCUUAUAUGCACAUUCAGGGACACGCACUUGGCUCAGAUCAGGCUCCUGGCGCACGUCUUGAUAGCCCUCGUCUUGGGAGCCGUGUACUACGACAUCGGCAACGACGCUGCGAAAGUCGCCAGCAACAUGUCUCUGCUGUUCUUCUUCCUCAUGUUCCUGUACUUCUCGAGCGCCAUGCCGACCGUCCAGACGUUUCCUAUGGAAAGAGAAGUAUUUUUGAGGGAACACCUUAAUAACUGGUACUCGAUCUUGUCAUACUACCUCGCGAAAAUCAUGGCGGAAUUUCCUUUACAAGUGGUGUGUCCCACUCUCUUCCUGCUGUGCAGCUACUUCCUGAGCGCGCAGCCCAACCAGGUGGUCCGCUUCGCCCUGAUGUGGCUGGUGUGUGUGCUGAUGACUGUGAUGGCGCACACCAUGGGACUCGUCAUCGGCGCCAUCUUCAAUUCGCAGCUUGGCGUGUUCCUGGUCGCAGCCGUCAACAUCCCCAUGCUGCUGUUCUCCGGGUUCUUCAUGCGCCUGGGCGAGAUGCCGUGGCUCGUGCGAGGGCUCGCGCACCUCAGCUACUACCGCUACGCCUUCGAGGCGGCCAUGCUCACCACCUACGGCUAUGGCCGCGCCGGACUCGACUGCUCGCAGCCUUACUGCCAGUACCGCAGCCCGGACAAGCUGCUGCAAGACAUGGGCAUGGAGAACGCCAGCCUCGCCGUCGAUGUGGCCGCCCUCGCCGCGUGGACCCUCUUCCUGCAGGCUGGGUUCCUGCUGGUGCUGUGUCUGGCUGUGCGGUCCUCGCAGUGACUGCCACUAGUGCCACAGCACUACUGCCAGUACCGCAGCCCGGACAAGCUGCUGCAAGACAUGGGCAUGGAGAACGCCAGCCUAGCUGUCGAUGUGGCCGCCCUCGCCGCGUGGACCCUCUUCCUGCAGGCUGGGUUCCUGCUGGUGCUGUGUCUGGCUGUGCGGUCCUCGCAGUGACUGCCACUAGUGCCACAGCACUACUGCCAGUGCCACUGCCCUGACAAGCUGCCUCUGGCAAUUGGAGUCCUGCCAGAUUCUCGCCAGAACCACGCCUUCAAGCCAGCCACCUGUGUUCUGUCUCUAGCCAUGCACGUUUUGCAGUGAACGUCUUCUCCUUCUAAACGAACAGGAUUUCUGGUACCGUAGUUGCUGUACCACUUAGGUCAACUACCUCUGUCACUUAAAGAAAACAGCCAAACUCUUAACACAUUAAAGAACUGUAGCAGUUAUUUUUUACGCCACUAGCCAAUCUGUGGAAGCCAGCCAUAAUGUUUUGUAACUAAGUUCAUGCAACAAAUGGCAAUAUUUAAACAAUUUUUAUUUUAUUUGCUCCUGGUUAACUAAUAGUAGCAUUCAUAAUGUAGCAAUAUCUUUACAAUGGAGUACCCAUUAAUCAUAUAAAUAAUUAUAAUAUAUAUAUAUAUAUAUAUAUAUAUAUACACAUUUACACAGACACUAGAAAUGUUUGCACAAGUGUUUGCAAGUACACUUGUUGCACAUAAAGCAACACCAAACUUUCAGGCUAUGUUUCAUGGUGAAAUUAGUAGCACAAACUUAUAUAUAUAUAUAUAUAUAUAUAUUUGUACUACAAAGUGUUUCCUGUAUUUCCUCUGAAACAAUAAUUUAUAGCUUAGAAUUUAAAGAACAUGUUUCAGGCAGUAAACAUAUUGUAAAUAAUAGUCACUCCAAUUUUGAAAACCUCUUACUGACAUAAAUCUGUUUACUAAAAUAUUAUUCUAUUCUUAAACAUGCUAUGUCAUUAUCAAUGUGUUUACAUACAUAAUGGCUAUGAUUUUAAGAAGGUUUUAUUUAAUCUAAGUGGGUACUGUAUCAAUUACUAAAACUUCCUUAGGUAAGCCUAUGUCAAACACUUAUUGAAAACAGUGUAGACUGAUGCAUUAUUAAUCAAUUGUAUAAAUAAGAAAUAUCAAAAAUUAUCUGUUAUCUUAGUUAUCCAAAUAUUACCUUUAUAUGUAUAAAACAACUGGCAAUUCACAUCAAUUUCCACUGUAGAUUAAUGUUUUCACAGAGCCUAUUAAUUAUGACUUUUUUCACUAAUUGCUUCUCCUGUGUGGUUGUACAAAAAUCUAUUAGUAAAUAUAAGUUACUCUCCCAAUUUUCCAGGAUUGCACGCAUGCUUUCAGUAUUGGGAAUAAGUACCCCUGAUUCUCACAGAGCACAAUAAUGCUACACAAUCUAUCGCAUUGUACCCUCCUCAGCAUGAUAGAUGCAGGAUGAGGGUGACCUUAAAUUGUCUAAAAACUGCAUCACUCCUCUAUUCACCAGAAGACUGCAUUCCCUCACAAUGAAAGAUGUGGUGUGGAGGAAAUCUUGGAUGAUAUAGAUAGUCUACAUUGUUUUCAUUAAGUGAUUCAUAGGAUUACAUUAGAAGAAAGUAUUAAUAUAUAUUGUAAUGCCUAAUUAUAAAUUUAAAUAACAUUAUCAAUAUCAUUAAAUUCCUAUUUAUACACAAAGUGAUCAUUACAAAGAACUUUUAAGAAUGAAAUCAUAUUUUAGAAACAAUGUUUGUGUUGGUAUAAGGUUUUAAUAAAUGUAGUUGACUUAAGUUUUAAAGUAUGCUUACUCCUCUACUCACUGCAAUACUGCACCUCCUUACAAUGCUAGCCAGAGUGUGAGAGAGAUUUAGACUGGUAUAAAACUUGCCUUAACACUGUAUUAAAAGAACCUAGCAUGAUAGCCGUAGGUUGGGGGCAACAUUGAAUGGUCUAGAACACACCUCACUCCUCUACUCACCGAAACACUGCACCCCUUCAAUAUGACCACCGCAGGUUGGGGGUGACCUUGGAUGGCCUAGAACCUGCCUCACUUCUCUACUCACAUAAAUAAUUCAUCACUCUCGGUAACACAGAUGAAGGUUGGGGGCGACCUUGGAUGGUCUUGAACCAAUUUCUGGGCGUAAUGGUAUUACUGUAAACAAUAGAUGCGCAUAAUGUCAUAAAUAACAUACUUUUGUUGAUUGUUGUUAUUUUAUUUUUUACCUGAUACUUUAGCUUCUUUUGUUGAAUUAAAAAAUGAAUUCAUUUUGAUUACAAAGUAUUUAUCCUGAACUCUAGUCAUUGGUGUAAGCACAAUAGAAGCUGAGGUUAAUGGCUCAAAGCUGUUCUAGCAGAGCGAGUGAGUUGCAACACGGAGUGGUGGCGAUACUCCUUUCUCCCUGACUUCUCCGUGAACUCCAAGAUUCGAAAACCUGGGAGCUAUACCAUGAGCUUAUUAUGUUUAGUUUUUCAUUAUCAGUUUGCCGAUAAAAUUUACUAGCAACUCCUCUUACACUUCCAAUACAAUAUGUUAUGUUUUACAGCAGACAACCUGCAAUGGACCAUGCAUCAGCUGGUAGUAAUUUUUUUUUUACUUAAUGUGGCUUAUAAUUGUUGUUUAAUUUUUAAUGCUCUUUUUUUGUCAUAAUUUUAAUAUUCAAGAAUUAAUUUUGUUACAAUAAUUUUAUACAACCAAUAAAUUGUUUUAUGAAA